AAUAAUUCAAAUUUUAUAACCGCUCCCUCAGUUUACUUGAAAUUUAAGCGAAGUCUCCUCCUUCCCUCUCUCUCUCUCACACACAGACACACGCAUAGGAAGUUUUCAAUUUCCAUUUUCCCUCUUCUUUCUCUCUAGGGUUUGCUCAACGCACUGCUCCAAUUUCAUCGAUCAAUUCUCCGAAAUUGGACUCGCAAGUCCGAUUCACUUCUUCUCGGAUUCGAGAUCGCACAAAUGUCCGCCUCCACCGUUUCAGUCACCGCUAAUCAGGGGCCCACCACUCGCCGCCGGGCGGUCGAGAAAAAUCUUCCGAGCGGUGGCUCCGAUUUAGCGGCUGCGACCGCAGUAAUCACGGAGUCCGACGCUCGGCUCACCGCCGGGGACACUGCCGCAGCGAUUUUGAGGGAUGCGAGGAGAACUCCUUCCCAGUUCCAGGCGAAGAAGGCCGGCGUGGGCAAAAAGCCGGCGAAGCCGCGCUGGCUGACUCUGAUCAGCAUUCUAACUAAAAACUUGGCGUUGGUGGUGGUUUUGCUGGGUUUGGUGCAGAUGGUUCGGUGGACAGUGGUGAACUCCGGUCGCGAUAUUGGGGAUUUAUCGAUAAUGUCUGGGGAUUUUGAAGGGAAGUUAGCCGAGGUGGAGAAAUCUGUUACGAAGACAAUGAAGGCGAUGCAAGUUCAGAUGAGUGCGCUGGAGCACCAAGUCGAGGACGGCAUUGGUUCGGUGAGGAAGGAGUUCGACGAAAAAAUUGAAAGAAAGGGGGCGGAAGUUGAUUUGAAGUUGAAGGCGUUGGACGUGAGGAGUGAUGCUUUUGAGAAGUUUAUGGAUGGAUUCAGAACUAAGAGUUUGCUAUCAAAGGAAGAGUUCAGCGAGUUCUUUGAGGAAUUCAAGAAGACCAGGAAAGGUGAUAUCACUGAGGUUAGUGUUGAUGAUAUAAGAAAUUAUGCAAAGGAGGUUGUGAUGAAGGAAAUUGAGAAGCAUGCGGCCGAUGGGCUGGGCAUGGUGGACUAUGCACUGGUGUCAGGUGGUGCGAGGGUAGUGAAGCAUUCGGAGCCAUUUAGGGGUGGGAAAGCCGGUGGCAGUGGGGGUUGGUUGGUGCAGCGAAAUAAGGUUUGCGCCGAAGCUGAGAGGAUGAUUAGGCCAAGCUUUGGAGAGCCUGGUCAAUGUUUUGCUCUUAAAGGGGGAAGUGGGUUUGUUGAGAUCAGGCUAAGGACUGCCAUUGUACCAGAAGCCGUGACUCUUGAACAUGUUGCUAAGAGUGUGGCUUAUGAUAGGUCGAGUGCACCCAAGCACUGCAGAGUGUCUGGAUGGCUGCAAACCGAUCCAGAAAUUCCUACUGAGAAGAUGUUCUUUUUGACCGAAUUCACCUAUGACCUUGAGAAGAGCAAUGCUCAAACUUUCAAGGUGGAGUCAGCAGCCUCUAACCUUGUCGACGUUAUCAGGCUCGAUUUCACUUCAAACCACGGGAGUGCUUCUCAUACGUGCAUCUACCGGCUGAGGGUACAUGGCCGUGAACCGAGCCCCGUUCCAUCUCUGGAAAUACAAUCUUGAUGCAGCAGUCUACUAUUCUCAAGUGCAAAGCACAAAUUCCCUGUCUUUAUUUGGCAUGCUAUCUAUAUGUAUUCCUCAAUGUAUUGUGCAGGAGUUUCUUUCAGCUUCUAAACUUUUGUGUAAAUUUCUCUUGUGACAAUGUAUCAUUUAUUGUGUUUAUGAAUCUAUAUUCUUACCCUUAA